AUGAAUAUCAGUAUGGAAGAUAUUCCGAUUGAUCCUAAUUGGACCCGUCUAGAUAUUUUGGCUGUUGUUUGUGAACGUGUUCUUGAAGAAGAAGAAAUCGUCAAGGAAACUGCAAUGCACGAAGCAGAGAGUCAGGAAAAAUUAAUGAGAGUAGAAAACCCCGAUAGACCAAUAGAUGAUCAAGUUAAAACACGAAUAAAAACAAGAAAAAGGGACUAUGAUCCAGAAGACAAACGUCGUAGUAUUGGAAAAAAGAGGAAAAAAUCUAAAACAGGGAAAAUCCUUCCAAUGCCCCAAAUUGUCCAGGAUCGAAUCAAUCAGUUGGAGAAAGGUGUAAAAGAGGUGAAAUUUAUUAUUGAAAAAGAAAUAUACAAAACGGAUGCUAAUGAACACCAAAACCGUCUCUCCAUACCAACAACACAAGUUGUGGAAAAAUUUCUAACAGAUGAAGAAGAAGAGUAUCUCUGUAUGCCUAGUAAUGGCAAUAGAAAUAACUUUAAGAAAGUUCGAGUGAUUGAUCCGUCCCUCGAUAUUUAUGAAUUGGAAUUAAGGAGAUGGGAGAUGAAAGCGAGCGCAAUUUAUGCGUUGAAUGGAAAGUGGACUAAAAUGCGUGUUCGUAAUAAAAUCAAAAAAGGCAAUAGGAUUCAAAUCUGGGCUGUUCGAAUGGAUGACGACGAAUUAAUUAUUGUUAUUAUGAAGCUUUCUCCCGAUGAAGAAAACGAAGGUGAUCAACUAACAAUAAACGAAGAAGAUGAUGAUAAUGAAGUUACAAUACAAAAAGUUAAUAGUGAAGAGCAAAACGAUACUGAUAGCAUAGAAAAUCUUGCUCAUUAG